AUUUUUGAUGUUGAGAAGUUAGUUUAGGCAUAAUGAGCUUGAUGCGAUUGGAGAUAGUCUUUGAGGCAAGUGGGGUGGUUGGUUAAAACUAAACUUGGGCUGGAGUUGGGUUGCUCGACCCAACCCAACGUGACCCAACCACCCGAGUUGAACCCUUGGGCCUAGGUAUAUAUAGAGUGGGUUCUAAAUAAAACCGGAACAGAAAUCAAGCAGCUCCCCACACUCAAUGGCCUCCUCCGCUCGACCCGCUCCAGGCCGGGGCCGAAACUGGACGGAACUGCCGGAGGACGUCACGGCUUCAAUACUCUCUCGACUCGGAGCCAUCGAAAUCCUGACGAGCGCUCAGAUGGUGUGCGCGACGUGGUACAACAUUUGCAAGGACCCGCUGAUGUGGUGCACCGUCGACCUGCGCGAUCUUGAUCAUCAGAAGCACAUUCAUUACGACUUGGAGAAGAUGUGCCGCCACGCCGUUGACCGCAGCUCUGGAAAUCUGGUCGGUAUCAAUGUCGAAGAUUUCGGCUCCGAUGAGCUUCUCAAUUCAAGUGGAAUCAAACGUCUCCGACUUGUCCGUUGCGAUGGCAUAACGAAUGAGGGACUGGCUAAAGUGGCUUCGAAACUUCCACUCUUGGAGGACCUUGAAAUUUCAUACUGUGCAUUCUCACAUGAACCUCUAGAAGUUGUAGGGUCUUCUUGCCCUCUUUUGAAAUCAUUCAAAUUUAACAACCGGUGGUACAGAUGGUCAGAUGAAGAGUGUGACGACGAUGCACUUGCUAUAGCAGGAACGAUGCAUGAUUUACGCCACCUCCAGCUUUUUGGGAAUAAGCUGACGAACGAUGGCUUGCUGGCCAUUCUUGACCAUUGUCCCCAGCUCGAGUCGCUUGAUCUUCGGCAGUGCUUCAAUCUUAAGCUGGGAGGAAAGUUGAGAAGAAGCUGUGCUGAACAAAUGAAAAAAUUGUGGUUUCCUGAUGAUUCCACCCUUGACUAUGAAUUUGAUUCUGCAAUUGAUUACCAUGAAGACAACGCAUUUGGGUAUUCGGAUAUAGAUUUGAUGUCUGAUGAUGAUAAGGAUUAUGACUUCUGUAACCGAAAAGUAGAAGAUGAUGAGGAGUAUGACUUCAACUACGGGAGUGGUUCUGAUGACUGCCGUGAGGUUGAGGAUAAUGAUGUUUAUCCAUGGAUUGUCUGACUUUUGAUGCAUUGAAGACCUUGUAUCUGAUGAAAUUGGCGCAUCUAGUGCUCUCGAAGCAAAAAGCUUUUAUACAUUCAAGGGGUCUGGAAUUUCUUUGCAGAAUGCCUAAUUCUCUACAGAAUAUGCAGUUUUUUAUGCGUUACCUCCCGAUGCACGACUGUUUCUGCCAUUUUACAAGCAGGGCUAAUUACGCUUCAUUUUAAUUUGUACUUGGUCUUUGAUAGCCUGGCUCCCAUCAGACUAUGAUUUUUCUCUGAACAUUUCUUACUUGUUUAAAACAGGUUUUGUUAGUUAUGGGGACUGAAGUUAUGCUUUAUAUACGAUGGAUUUGACUGUUUCUGUACUUUUA